AUGUCUGAUUGUCUUCCUGAGAUUGUUAAAAAAGUAACAUUACCAUCAAUUAAAGAUUGUAUCAGCCCUGAUGCUUUCAAAAAUCUACCCCCAAGACAAAAAUUUAUCCGUAGAUUAACAGAUCCAUCAAACUACUGUUAUUCAAGAAAAAGACUCGCUAUCUCAAAUUCGAACGGUGAUCCAUCUUAUAUCUUUGAUGAUUCUUGGUCACUCAAUACUCUCCGAACUGAUUAUGUCCAAGUUAAUGCAUAUCCAAACUACAACAAUGGUUUUCUUGUUCAACCAAAUUUCUAUGAUUUGAGUACCCAACAAACUCAAUCAAAUGUAUCGCAAACCGUUCAAACCCACUCAAAUUUCCAUAUGAAUACCCUGCAAACCCAUCCAAAUGUAUCGCAAACUGGAUACCAACCAACCCCAGAAUAUCUAACUGCAAUAAGGAUGCAACAAUUUCAUCAAUUUCAUAUCUGGAAUCUAGAAAGACAACAGUUAAAUCAACUACAACAGAUUGGACAACAGUCUCUACAACAACAACAACAACAACUACAAAUACAACCACAAUACUCACAAUACUCACAAUACCUACAAUACCUACAAUACCUGCAAUACCUACAAUACCUAAAAUACCUACAAUUACCACCAGUACAAUUUCAACAACAACAAAUUCAAUCGACAAAAACAUAG